AUUGAAUUAUCCACAACAGAUUCUACUUCAUCUUUACCAUCGUCUACAACAAUCGGGCAGACAAGAACAGAGUUAAUUUUGUCUACAACACUAAUAUCUCCAUCCACUGCAAAGCAAACAACAAGUCAGCAGACACAAACCACUAGUUUAAUUUCAAGUACAGAAACACAUUCAACACAGUCAAUUCAUUCGACAUUUCCACCUCUGGAAACCACUGGAUCAAUUUCUCCAAACUCACCUGCCUCACUCACUACAACUUCCCUCAAUCCUAACUCACAUCAAACAAUAACUCAAACUGUUACAGCCCAAACAUUUAGCAAUUCAACCUCAGCCCAGUCAAGCCCUUCUGCUCAAACUAGUACCCAGAAAACUUCAUCAACAUCAACAGCACCUCCUUCAUCCAUAACAACUGUCAACUCAGUUUCAACAACUCAAAACUGUCUGGAGUAUUGUCAGUGUAACGGGUCCCCAUGCAUCUUCAAUGUAGCAUCUGGGAAAUGUCAGUGUAAAUGCAAUAAUUUCACUUUUGGAGAUACUUGCAAUUUUGCAAAUGACUCAUCCACGGUCACUUGGUCUGAAAGCAUACCCACAAGGAACGCAAAUAUCUCUCUCAGAAUUAUGAUGGACUAUCUUACAGAGUAUGAAAAUGUGAACUCUCCAAAAUCAAAAAAACUCAUUUCCAUCUUAAAACGUGAGCUUUCAAUCCUUUGUAGAAGAGCAGAUGCACAAAAUUUCAAGGAUGUGCAAAUACGUAAGCUAACGCCAGGAAGUGUCAUUGCUGAAAGUAUUGCAGUGUAUAACUAUCCCAACAACAACUCACAAAUAAUGUUUCUAAAUAACGAUUUGGGACCCACCCUGGAAAAAAUCUUUAAUGACUCAGAUUCAUUUAAAAAUCUCAGCAUGGCUCUUGGCAAUGCUUCCAUCCAAUAUGCCCAAAUUACCAUGGGUACAGUUGAAAUAUCAAAUAUUUCAGAUCUACAUCCAUUUGUGCAAUGCACCGUGAAUUUUACAAGCUUAACAGUAGAGAUUGAAGAUGGGGCAUGGGUAUGUGUGGGAUCAUGCAAAAAAAAUCCCAACUUCUGCAAUCAACAAGGUGAAUGCAAAAAUGAAAUAAAUGGACCACAGUGCAAGUGUUACAGUUCUUACUUUGAGAAGUACUAUGGAGCUCAGUGUGAGCUUUACAGCAGAGGAGCCGGUUUCUACGCUGUUCUCUUCGGCUGUUUAGUAGCUUUUGCUCUACUUAUCAUUGUUUCAGCUGUGAUAACUGUGGUGCUCUGCAGAGCCAAGAGCAGAACAUCAAGCAGAAAAAGGCUAUCAUUAUUUGACGACGACUUCUUUGAUUUUACAUCAAGAGGAUCCAUAGACAGAGGUUAUGGGCAUCAAAACUUUUCUGUCACAGAAAAUUCGGAAUCUGGGUCUUUCAGAUAAAGACCACAGCAAAUGAAGUGACUGAUGAACAGAGAAGACGAACAGAGAAGAUAUUUUUAAAAGACGUCAGACACUAUAAUCUCAGGAAGCCAACAUAAUAUUACAUGCAUUUACUGGGUUUCUUAUAGAUUAUUUAGAGUACCUCAAGUCAAAUCUAUUCUACUCUCUUUUCUAUUUCUACUUGUCUACUAUUUUUUACUUUCUUUCUUUAAUUUUUUUCUUAAAAAAUAAGUCGCGUUUCCUAUUCUUUUUCUGUUCUAUCUACCUGAUUUCUUUUUAUUUAGCCUAUU